ACUAACCGGAGCCUGUGCUCCCCCCUCUCAGUCUCCGUUUCCUUCCAUGUUGGACAGUGGUGUGAGGAGCCAUGGAGCACGGCAGCAAUCACCCAGAGGAUUUCCCGCUUAACGUGUUCUCUGUCACUCCGUACACUCCCAGCACCGCCGACAUCCAGGUGUCCGAUGACGACAAGGCAGGGGCGACUUUGCUCUUCUCAGGCAUCUUUCUAGGACUGGUGGGGAUCACGUUCACUGUCAUGGGCUGGAUCAAGUACCAGGGAGUCUCCCACUUUGAAUGGACCCAGCUCCUCGGGCCCAUCCUCCUGUCAGUCGGAGUGACGUUCAUCCUGAUCGCUGUGUGCAAAUUCAAAAUGCUAUCCUGCCAGUGGUGCACAGAAAACGAGGAAAGGGUUCUGGACGCGGACCAGACUUCGGGAGGACAGUCGUUCGUUUUCACCGGCAUCAACCAGCCCAUCACCUUCCAUGGGGCUACCGUGGUCCAGUACAUUCCUCCUCCUUACGGCUCCCAGGAGCCCCUGGGGAUGAACGCUGCCUACCUGCAGCCCAUGAUGGGCCCUUGCGGUCUUGCGCCCUCUGGCGGAGCAGUGGCUGCCACCCCAAGUCCCCCUCAGUACUACACCAUCUACCCUCAAGACAAUGCUGCGUUUGUGGAGAGUGAGGGCUUCCCUCCUUUCGUGGGUGUUGGAAACGACAGGCCCAGCUCUGCUGCUGACCAGCUAGAAGAAACGCAGAUGGAAGACGAGGACUGUGUGCGCUUCUCUCCUCCCCCUUACGAGGAGAUUUACUCCCUCCCUCGCUAGGGACUGCAGUGCUAGGGGAAAGGACAUUUAAGUCAUCAUGACGUGAUUCGUGGAGCGGUUUUAUGUUGUGGUCUUCAGAAGUUAGAUGCCAGAGCAGCUCAGGCAACCUUACAGAUGUCAUUCAAGGUGGGGGAAAAAAGUGUCCCAAGAUUGCUAAAUUAAGCUGCCCCCAGGCGAUCCCUGUGCUACAGGUUUGAAUUUCAGCUAAGAAAUCCUGCGCAGGUGGAGAGCUACUCAGUGGUAGGGUGAUUGUGGAACAUUCUCAGUGCCAUGGAUUUGAUCUCUAGUGCCAGAAACCAAAACCAAAACCCUAAACAAGACCUCUUUACAUAAAGUCCAGAAGGAAAAUGUCACCCUUUCCCUCACUCGGACCCUGUCUCCAUUUGAAGGCAUUAGCGUCUUAGGAGUUUCAACUCCAGCAGCCAUGGCAGCAUUCAGACUGGGGAAAGCGGGGCUGGCAAGGAGGGGGUGGGGAAGGGAGCUCACACAGAGAUUUCCCUGCACAUGCUGGACCUCCCACUGCAGAGCUACUUAUCCCCAGCAACUUGGUUGCUAUCUGGUCUCCCUUGAAGCCCUUGAUCUUGAAAAGUCUGUAAAAGAAAUAAAGGGGAAAAGCGCUAAAAAAAAAAAAAAAAAAAAAAAAUUGAAUAGAUAGAGAGUGGAGUAAAAUAAUGCCUCAUGUUAGAACAGUAUUAGAUAGCUGAUGAGACAGUGUGGGAGGACUAAUGAUAGGUAAUGAAUAAAUUCAUAUGCUGUCACCAAGUUACAGUGACUCCUGUUGCUGUUGUUUUCUUCUGCAAGGUUGAAGUUCAAGGAACUGGGGCAGGCUGCUGGUCCCCCAGGCCGUGCUCUGCAGCAUGAACUAGCUCAGCCCAGUGGCUCAGGAGACCCAGGUACUUGUCUGUUAGGUCCACAGAGUCAAGCUGCCAUGUCACGGCGCCGUGUGAAUCACAGAGGUGGUCCCCACAGUGAGAAGAGCUCACCUUUGUCAGAGCACAGGAAGCUGACAGCCUUUGUCUGAACCGCGCCACCAACAACCAGAACGCAGUUGGAGACUUAGGGAGAUGUCUAAAAGUUUUAAAGGAAAAAAAUUAGUUUUACAAAGAUAAAGGGCCAUUCAAGGUAAAGGCGGUGUCCCUAAGGAAGACAUGGGAAUCAGCAGGUCUUUAAGGCUUUGGUACUGUAGAAUUACUUUUAUUUUUCUAUCAGAAGUGUCUAGUUUUUCAAGGAUAUCAGUAAAAUAAUCUUGGUUUGUUAUUGUGAUUCAUAUUAUGCCUUAGGGACAAAAGCCUUUAUAAUCAUUGUUCACACUGAUAAGAAGUAACAGAAAACCAGAGGUUUCUGUACUUGGCAUAUUGACUUUCUAUACAACAUGCUCCUGAAAUCCUGGACACUCGCUGUGUAGGCUGUCCUUGAAUUCCCCACAUGCUUAUGUAGACCCGAUUGGGCUGAAACACGCAGAGAUCUGCCUGCCUUUGCUUCCAUGUAAGCUGAGAUUAAAGCGUGUACCACCACAACCAGCAAAUCCCCAAUUCUUAGUUAAGGGUUUUGCAGUGAAGGGCCACUGCCUUUAGGGAGGAGUUGGGAGACAGGAUGUGAUAGAGCAUCAUUAAUGGUAUGCUGCUGACAAACAUCCUGCCUCCCUUACCCCAUCUCUUCCCAUCCUUACCUGUCCUUUCAUAGUUAUGAUUUGAGUCUAAUGAGCUGCAAAAGGAAAGUGUCAGAAAAAGGCCUUUGUGCAGAGCUGGGUUGGACAAGGUAGACAGUUGUCUUGAUCUUGCUGGGAGAGGCAUAGGUUCAGGAACAUGGACCUCUGGGGGUUCAGCUCCAGGCGUCAUAGUCAUUUAACACCACUGUUCCAGUCCCUAGGCCAACAUAAAUGUUGUCUGUGCCUGCUGCUUCAGGACUAACGCUGAACUAAUGCUUAUGUAGCAUGCACAGAGCCCUGAGUUUGACCCCCACCACUAUGUACACUGGUCACAGUGGUCCAUGUCUGCCAUCCGAGCACUCUGGAGCAGAAGGAUCAGAAGUUCAAAGUUAUUCUCUGAGGCCAGCCUGGUACACAUGAGUGUCUAUUGCAAAAGAAAGACAAGGCUGGGAAUGGUUUUUCAAGCUGCAUAUGCUUGUUGGGCAUCUGCUUUGUUCUGGCAUGGCAGCCAAGACACCAGAAGAUAUUUGUGAAAAACCAAACCAAGGAGAGAGCAGAGGGAGCUCUGCUCUCAGAGCGCUCCAGGCCUGUGGAGAAGCAGGCCUGUGGGGAAGCAGACACUGGUUCCUUUUCUCCAUUAUGUUUUGAUUAUUUUUGGAUUUUUAUGAGAGAUACUGGAGAAGUAGAGUCAGGACCGUUUCCUUGUGUGACCCCAGGAAGCGCUGUGCAAAUGACCAGUCAGGCUCCUGGUGUUGGUCAGGGAAUGAGGACUAUGCAGGGACCUAAAGGAAGGUUCAUAUUUACUAGAAAAGGAAGAGAGGACAGCACACACAGAGAGAGGAUCUUGGCAAAGCAGCGUGGGAAGUGACAGAAAAGGCACUGUGUAGACUGGGGAAACUGACCUGCUCACCUGCUACUCUAGCCCUUAUUACGCAAGAGAGUAACCUCCCUAAUUUUCUUGCUGUAAGACAAUCCCCGUGCACUCUAUUUUUGUAUUUGGGAGUGGCUGAAGCUGAAAGAUGGGAAACACACUUAGGGACACUUGGCUUGUGACUUGGUCCUUGCUUGGACUCCUGGUCAGCCAGGGUAUGUUCCCAACAGUUUCUGGUUGCUGUCUAGAUGGCUGCCUUUGAUCUUUCUCUAAUCUUAUCAUGGUGAACGUGAGCCUGAUCUAGGGACAGGGGCUGGAGCCAGUCUCCUCCUUUGCUGUCUCCUCCUUAGAUGAUUUGUCAGGGAGGCAGCCUGGCUUUGGGCACACACUGAAGGAGUUCAGUGUCCAGCUUGCCAAGUGUUUAGACUUUGUGUCAAAACAUUUGGGAAGACAGAGAAAUAUUUUGUUUUUAUCUUUUUGGAAUAAAACCACUCUAUCCUAAGUAACCAACAAAGAGUAACUUUCUAUGGUUUAAGGGAGCACACAAUUGUUUGCCCAGCUCCCUAAUUCUACACCAUCUCAGGGAACUUCUAUACAGUUAGAAUAGUCUUUUUUGGCCAUCUUGAGGCAGUGACACUGUUGCUAAUAAAGAGACAUUUAACUUAUA